CGGCCUCCAAGCCCCCCCGCCCGCCCCACCGGCCCUGCCUCGCCGCUGGGUUGCUCUGGUCGUGCGGGUCCCCCUCCUCCUCCUCCGCCCGAGUCCUGACUCUUCCCUCCUUCCCUCAGAGGAUGUCCGCCUUCCAGAUCAACCUCAACCCGCUCAAGGAGCCGCUCGGCUUCAUCAAGGUCCUCGAGUGGAUUGCCUCCAUCUUCGCUUUUGCUACCUGUGGAGGUUUUAAGGGCAAAACAGAAAUCCAAGUGACUUGUCCUAGUAUUUCUAACAAAACUAAUAUUACAGCUGCUUUUGGUUAUCCAUUCAGGUUGAAUCAGGCAUCAUUUCAAUCACAUCCAAAUGUAAAUGUGUGUGAUAUAGAUUGGAAAAGUCACGUCCUCGUAGGCGAUUACUCUUCUUCUGCACAAUUCUAUGUUACAUUUGCGGUCUUUGUGUUCUUAUACUGCAUUGCCACCCUUCUGCUUUAUAUUGGUUAUACGAACAUAUACCGGGAUAGUCGUAAACUCCCAAUGAUUGACUUCGUUGUUACUCUUAUUGCCACGUUUUUGUGGUUGGUAAGCUCUUCGGCCUGGGCUAAAGCUCUUACAGAUAUUAAAAUCGCAACUGGACCCAGUAUUGUUCAGGAACUUGUACCUUGUGGUAAGGCAGACGUGAAGUGUUAUUUCAGCUCUGUGACUUCUAUGGGAUCCCUAAAUGUGUCUGUGAUCUUUGGCUUUCUGAAUAUGAUCCUUUGGGGAGGAAAUGCUUGGUUUGUGUACAAGGAGACCAGCCUACAUAGUCCAUCAAAUCCUUCCGUCUCCCACACAGGAAGUGUGUCACCUCCAGCCGGAAUGUAAUUAAAAGGGAGAGAUACACUGUGGGAAAUAUGUGUCUAUACUAAAACCUGUUGCCAACAUCUUGAGUAGCAUUAUUUCUUCCUAAUAAAAGUAAUGACUUUUUCAGUAAAUUGGUGGGUUUUAAAUUUUGCUGCUUUUUAUAUAAAACUGUGUCUUUCUUUGAAAUUUUAAGAUGUAAAUGGAUUCUUACAUGUAAAUUUGAAAGUCCAAGGGAUCUAUUAUGCGAUGACACACAUUUUUAAAUGAACAAUUUUUUUCACUAACUUGUUUGCUUUCCAAAGUGUUUACACCUUAAGCCUUAGCAUAUGUCUUCACUCAGAGAAGUUACAUUGUCAUUUCGUAAUAGAAAAAAAAUUGGAAAUAUUAUACAUACACUACUGUAAGUUUUGUACAGAUUAUAUACCUAAGACCUGUCUUUGCUUAAGAAAAAUCUUGAUUACAUAAAUGAUUUUUAGAAAAAAAUUAGUUCAAACUUUAUAUCUGAGCAUUGUUCAUGUUAUAAAAUUUUUUAAUUGCAAAGACCAGGUGUAAGUUUUAUUUCUAUUUUUCUAAAUGACCUGUUAUACUUAGCAGGAGUACUAAAACUGUGUUAGGAACAGGAACUUCAAAAUUUCUAACAAAUGUGUGGUUCAUUUAGCACUUCUGUUACAUGAGAUUCAAGCUUUUAUUAUGCUGGUGGUUUCCUAGGCUUACUAUGUAAAUAGAACAUGGUUCAGCUAGGUGUUUUUCCAUGUGAGCAUUCUCUUAUUUGUUUUUUAUCCUUUGUUAUGCCAUCUACUUUUUUUGCAGACGCUAUAUAGGGGGUUAAGAAUAAUUAAGAUUAAUUACCUUUUUACUUGUGUAACAUUAAAAUUUAAGGUCAAUGAAGUUACUACUUGGGUUUAGCAUUGAUAUUAUGAAAAUAAGUGCAAUUUGGAUUUUAUGUUUAUUGAUUUUCGUUACUUCACAAAUGGAUGAUUAAGGAAUUAGGCGUCACUUAAGUGAGUCUUACUGAUAUACUGUCUUUCACUAUUUGGGUAUAUUCUGAAUGCAGUGCUUAUUCAUUAUUUUGCUUCAUAAUCUUUUUGUUGUACCAGGAUCCAUACUUCUUAUUCUUACAAGAUAAUUGUUUAUAUGUGAAGCACAUCUUGCUAUUGCCUUAUUUUUGUUGCAAAAAUGUCAGUAUGAGAAUGUGUAUGUCUUACACAACAAACAAUAAACAAGUUGAAAGAAA